ACGUUUUGAGGGAAUGAGGGCUUAGGAAAGUGUCUACAAUUACCCUGGAUAACGCAACAGCAAAUGAUGUGGCUGUGAGUUAUUUGGAUAGAAGACUUAAGAGCAAGAAUGCUUUACUGGGUGUAGGUGAUUAUUUGCAUAUGAGGUGUGCUGCCCAUGUCUUGAACUUGGUAGUGAGAGAUGGUGAAAAAGAACAUGAAGGGUCUAUUGAAUCAGUUCGCACUGCUGUUAGGUUUGUAAGGUCUUCUCCACAAAGAGCUAUGAAGUUUAAGGAGUGUGUUGAACUUGCGGGCAUAACUUGUAAAAAAAAACUUUGUCUUGAUGUUUCUACAAGGUGGAAUUCCACUUACCUAAUGUUGGAUGCUGCUGAAAAGUUUGAAGCUGCAUUUGACAAUAUGAUUGAUGAGGAUCCUGGAUACAUCGAAUAUUUUGACCUCCUUACCGGUCCACCCGGUUCUCAGGAUUGGAAAAAAGUUAGGGCUUUUGUGGUUUUCUUACAAACCUUCUAUGAGGCAACCAAAGUGUUUUCAACUUCGCAAGAAGUGUCCUUGCAUUUAGCUUUUCAUAACUUGUCUUCAAUUUUGUGUGAGCUUCAAGAAGCUUCAUUUAACUUUAAUUCUUAUGUGGCUCCAAUGAUUUCACAUAUGAAGGUUAAAUAUGAUAAGUAUUGGGGGGAUGUGGGAAAAGUGAAUCAUUUUCUUUACUAUGGAGUGAUCUUUGAUCCUAGGUUUAAGUUUAACUAUAUUGAGUGGUCUUUUAAUGAUAUGUAUGGGCAUUCUAGUGACCUUGCCAAGAAAAAUAUUGAAUGUGUCAAAACUAGUUUGUUUAAACUAUAUAAUUGGCAUAAAUCUGAUCAUGAUAAGAAUGUUGGGGCUAGUCCUUUAAGUGCACCAGGGAGCACUUCCCUUGGAGAAGCAUCUUCCCAACCAAAAGAACCAUCACCUUUUACAAGGGCUAAUGCUUUUAAGAAACAUCUGAAGGAAAAAGACACAAUUGAAAAUGAAAAUGAACUAGAGAAGUACUUAGGUGACCCUUGUUGCGGGGAGGGGGAAAAUUUUAGUAUUCUUAAUUGGUGGAAGGAAAAUUGCACCCGUUAUCCUAUAUUAGCAACCUUGGUUCGGGAUGUGUUGGCAACACCUGUUUCUAGUGUAGCCUCAGAAAGUGCUUUUAGCACGGGGGGGAGGAUUUUAGAUAUCUAUAGGAGCUCUUUGAGUCCAGAUAUGGUCGAAGCGCUUAUAUGUACUCAAAACUGGUUGAAGCCUUCUGACAAUGAUCUAAAUGUCCUUAAUAUGACUGAAGAAUAUGAGAUUAGUGAAUCAAUUGUUUCAGAGUUUCAAGUAGCUACUGGUGGAGCAGCUGCUCCUACACAGGCUGGGCCUGUUUAAUUCUCGCCUAGCUGUGAAUUUUUGAAUAUUUUGGAGUCACUUUGUGAUUCAAUAAGACAAGCCUUUCUUUUUUGGAGUCAUUUUUUGAAACUAAGGAUGGAACCGUUUCAGUAGCUACUGCGUUUGCUGGUCAUCAGGCACGUUGUCUUGGGCUUAUGCAAUUGUUCUUACCGAAGUACACAAACAUAAUGUCACUUGUAUUUCUUUUGCAUUUGUGCUCAAGCUUACAAACUGAGUUUGAAUACUGCAUGUUAUGCUAAUCUGUUUUUGGUGGUGCAGUAUACUGGGAUGAUGUUACUUGAGGAGAUGGCCUGUGUAAUGUUCUCUUGCCUGUGUUGUUAGUUCUGUGCCUUCUCAUUCAAGUUCCAUUGAGUGUGUUGGGUUCGCACCAAGGUAUGAUUUAAGAUUAGUAAACUUUUUAUAAGAUUAGUUAACUGUUCAUAAUCUGCGUGCAUGUGCAUUUCUGCACAUUUUCAUGUCAUGUAUGCUUGAUGGAUCAUGCAUGUGUUUGGUUGAAGUUUUAUUUAUUCAAAGAUUGCUCAAGUCUUGAAGGACAGUGACAUCCUGGAGAUGACAAUCAGACAGGACGAGUUCAGCUUGUGCCUAGGUCAAGAGGAGGUGAAGAACAGUCUCUAGGGCGUUCAAGAUUUGGUACUGGAAAUGCAGGUCAGGGGUAUACUUUUGAAGAGGUCAAGGUUCUUUUUCUAGUAGUUAUGGACCUCUGUCGCCGAACUUCUGGUCUGCAACACCCCUUGCCAGUUUCUCAGGUGGGGAGCAGCAACAUUCAGGUUCGUUUGCAUUAUAUUGAUGGGAACUACACUGUACUGCCAGAGGUUGUGGAAGCAUCCCUUGGCCCACAUAUGCAGGUAACUUUCUGUUUUCUGUUUUCACAAGCAUGAUGCAUUAUUUCCACUAGUUUAAGAUGCCACUCAAUUCAUGAUUUGAAAAUAUGAUGCAAGAAUGAUAGAAAUGAAUGAAAUAGGGAUAGAAAGGGGCUCGGUUGUCUUAAACUAGCAUGUUGUUUCUCAUUUAAUCAUAAAGCACACUGUUAUAGAUCAUGUAGGAACAGUUAAUAUGAAUGAAUAUUGAGC